AUGACACUAACCACACUAGAUCUUACGGCCGGUAAAGUUGGAGAUGAUGGAGCACAACUUUUGGGUAAUGCAUUAAAACGCAACACAGCACUCACCACACUAAAUCUAUGCAGCAAUGAAAUCGGACUUGUUGGAGCACGAUAUUUAGGUGAUGCAUUACAUCACAAUAUGACACUCACCAGUCUGAAUCUUCGACAUAAUCAAAUCGGAGAUGCUGGAGCGGAAUCUAUCGGUAUUGCAUUACAUCAUAUCACAAAACUCACUACUCUAGAUCUCUCGUACAAUGAAUUUGGAGAUGUUGGAGCACAAUCUUUGGGUAAUGCAUUACGACACAGCAGGACAUUAACCACACUAUACCUUAAGGGCAAUCACAUCGCAGAUGCUGGAGCACAAUUUUUGGGCGAUGGGUUACGAUACAACAAGACAUUAACCGCACUAGAUCUUAUGAACAAUCAAAUCGGAGAUGCUGGAGCACAAUCUUUGGGUGAUGCAUUAGGACACAACAGGACACUUACCACGUUAAAUCUCGAGGACAAUCAAAUCAGAGAUGCUGGAACGCAAUUUUUGGGCGAUGGGUUACAAUACAACAUAACACUCACUAGUCUACAUCUUCUGAAUAAUCAAAUUGGAGCCGUUGGAGCACAAUCUUUGAGUAAUGCAUUACGACUCAACUCAACACUCACCUUUCUAAGUCUUUCAAACAAUCAAAUCGGGCCUCUUGGAGUACAAUUUUUAGGUGCUCGAUUACCACAAAAUACGGCGCUCACCAGUCUAGAUCUUUCGAACAAUAAAAUCGGAGAUGUUGGAGCACAAUGUUUGGGCCAUGCGUUACAACACAACAGAACAGUCACCAUACUAAUUCUCUCGGAGAAUCAAAUCGGUGAUGUUGGAGCACAAUUUUUAGGUGAUGCAUUACAGCACAACAGAGCAUUGACCGCUCUAGACCUUUCGGACAAUCAAAUUGGAGAUGGUGGAGCACAAUCUUUAGGUGAUGUAUUACAACAUAACGCGACUUCCACUACUGUAAACCUGUCGAACACUCAAUUCGGAGACGUUGCAGCACAAUUUUGGGGUUAUAUACUACAACACAACAAUACAUUCACCGACAUAGAUCUUUCGAAGAAUGAAAUCGGGGAUGUCGGAGCACAAUCUCUGGGUGAUGCAUUACAAUAUAAUGCGAUUACCUACCAGGUUGGCCAAAGUCCAUAUUUCGUAGCAGUAGGUGAUAUGAAUCGCGACAAUAAACUCGAUAUUGCUGUUGCAAAUUAUGGUGCGAACACUAUCAGCGUUCUUCUCAACCAAGAUAAUGGAACGUUUCUCACUCAAGUUACUUACUCAGCUGGCUCCACUGCCUACGCAGUAGCAGUAGCUGAUGUGAAUAAUGAUAACGCGUCGGAUAUUGUUGUUGCAAACGCUCUUUCGAACAACGUCGGUGUUUUACUGAACCAAGGCAACGGAACAUUUUUUAAUCAAACUACUUAUAAAGUAGAUAGCACUCCGGUGUCAGUACAAAUAGGUGAUGUAAAUAAUGAUAAUAAAGUCGAUAUUAUUGUCGCAAACUUAAAUUCAGGUACCGUCAGUAUUCUUCUAAACAUUGGUAAUGGAAUAUUUCUUUCUCAGACUAAUUAUUCAGUCGGUACAAGUCCACAAUCGUUAGCAAUAGGUGAUGUCAAUAAUGAUAAUAAAAUUGAUAUUGUCGUUGCAAAUUCGGGUUCGAACACCGUUAGCGUUCUUCUCAACAGAGGCAAUGGAACGUUUCUUUCUCAAAUUACUUAUCCAACGGGCACUACUCCAUAUUCAGUAGUAAUUGGUGACAUGACUGGUGAUAAUAACCAAGAUAUUAUUGUCGCAAAUUCUGGUUCGAAUACCAUCGGUGUUCUUCUUGGUACAGGCAAUGGACUAUUUCUUUCUCAGUUAACUUACUCGGUUGGUACUGGUCCACUAUCAGUAGCAAUAGUCACAUUAGAAAAUGGUAAAGUAUUAGCUACUGGUGGGCAGAAUAGUGGUGGUUAUCUCAGUAGUGCUGAAUUGUAUAAUCCAUCAGCAGGUAUUUGGAUAACUGCAACAAAUAUGAACGUUGGACGACGUUAUUUGGCAACGUCGACAUUAACAAAUGGAACAAUAUUAGUUAUUAGCGGAACUCAUGGUACGUAUCUUCCAACUACUGAAUUAUACUAA